CUGGUGUGUAUCUUGUGCGCAAGUUUUCCCGCAGCCCUCGGCUCUGAUUUGACGUCUUCCAACUUUACCAAACAAAAGAGCGGCGACACAUUUGAAAAUAAGUUAGAGUGUGUGUACAUUUGUCCAUCUUUUUGGACUUCACCGAUCAAUGUGGCUUCUUGGAUCAACUUCCCAAGUGAUGAUGAUGAUGGAUGAGCGCGUGUCUCCCUCCGCACGCUCAGUCCAGAGCCUCGGGGACAACGCGUCCACCAUCCACAGCAUAGAAGCGAUACUGGGAUUUAAAGAGGACACCAUCUAUCACAAGUCAGCCUCCUACAGCAUGACAGAAAAGGUCCUGGUCAAAAAUGCUGAGCGGAAUGUUAUAGUGACCCCAAUGAAGAAAAGUCACUCCUCAGAAAGUUUUGACAGUGUGUGUUGCGCCAGCACCACCGCUGAAGCCUCUGUCUGUCCGGACUCACCGGACAGAGACAGCAGGCUGUCCGAUGAUGAAAGCCCCAAGAAGAAACACCGUCGGAACCGGACAACAUUCACCACCUUCCAGCUUCACGAACUGGAGAGAGCUUUCGAAAAGUCCCAUUACCCGGACGUGUACAGCAGGGAGGAGCUCGCGCUGAAAGUCAACCUGCCGGAGGUCCGCGUGCAGGUGUGGUUCCAAAACCGGCGGGCCAAGUGGCGUCGGCAAGAGAAGCUGGAAGUGGGCUCCAUCAAGCUCCAAGACACCUCCACCUUGCUCUCCUUCAGCCGCUCUCCCACCAGCUCCCUGGGCUCCAGUCUGCAGCUGGAUCCCUGGCUCUCCACCCCAAUCACCACCUCCACCUCCCUGCAGUCCCUCCCGGGCUUCAUCACUGGCUCCCAGGGCCUCCCGGGCACUUACACCCCUUCUCCUCCCCCCUCCAUGCCCUCUUCCUUGCCGGCCUCCUUCCUCAACUCCCCGCCGCUGGGACAUAGCCCUCACCUGCCCCACAUGGGCUCUAUAUGCCCACCGCCCCAGGCAUACCAGUGUUCAGCUGAUCCAAGGAACUCCAGCAUUGCCUCACUGAGGAUGAAGGCCAAGGAACAUAUUCAGUCUAUUGGGAAGACGUGGUGAUGCUGAGUGGAGGUUAAGAACGGACAUCAAAACCCAGAAUACAUCAUUCCGCAUCUUUUGAAAGACUGACUUCAUCCUCAUGCUGACGGGAUUGUUACUUUGGAAAUCUACAGUUGGCAUCCAGGAUUAGAGACAUCCUCGUCACCUAUAAGGGUAACUCUUUCCUUUAACUCCCUUUAUUUAGCAUUCAUAAGCAGUAAACACACUACAAUGUGGUUGUAAGUUGAUAUAUGUUUGUUAAAAACUAUAACUCCUCCUGUUAGCUCCCAUAAGUGGAGGCUGCUGUAUACACAGAUAAUGAAUGACAAUAUGGUAAAAUAAUAAUAUAAAUUAUGUUGUUAGCAAGUACUGUACAUUAAUAAAUGUAUGACUACAUUCUAAUGUGUUAUAACCCAUCUAUUAAAUGUUUGGAUACUGCUUAUUAGUGCUAAAUAAGGGGACUUAAAGUAAAGUUUUACCCUUAUAAGCAACUAUCUGAAAAUCUGUGACACUAACUGUGAGAUUCAUGUAAAAAUAUGAAACUAAUGAACACUGAUUAUAUAGUGUUUUUUUUCUCCUUUAUCUUCUCUGCAAGCUGUGUUUUACUGUAAAGUUUUACAUUCAUUCAGCCCAGUCUCAUUCUUAUCCAGUGUGAUGUUGCCAGUCCAUCAGUAUGCAUCAGUAUUUAUUCUACUUUUGUAAAUGGAGCACUGCUCAUUUGGAUAUUUCUUCUUCCACUGCUGGAUUUUGAUCUUCACUAAUGAAAGAUUUUAACAAAUGUGAA